AUGAAACUAAAACCAUCCCGCUUCAUCGCUUGUGUAAACACCCAGGAUUCCGUAUCGCGACUACGCACCAAAUUCGGCCAUUUGGCGUGCAACUCAUAUCCCAAUGUCCAAAUCUCGCAAGGGCGGGUAAUCGAAGUCGUGGCACAGGCUGAUAUAAUCCUGCUCGGAUGCAGGACGAGUCAAGCAACGGAUAUCCUGAGUGACCCGUCCUUGCGAGAGCACUUAGCUGGAAAACUGUUAUUGAGUACAUGCGCGGAUCUAUCGGUGCAACAGAUCGAGCAACUCAUCUACAACGACGCCAUUGAAGAAGGCACGGAAUCAGAGAGAUGUCACAUUGUGCAAGCAAUCCCCAACACAGCGGCAACUGUUCGACAAUCAGCUACAUUGAUCAGUGAAACAGUCGCUGGAGCAGAUACGACCCUCCCACCAGAUUUUCAGAGUUUGACGACGUGGAUAUUCUCCAGUAUUGGAACGGUGACUUAUAUGCCGGAGUCGCUGAUGAAUAGCGCAUCCAUGAUUAGCGGGCUGGCCCCUGCUUUUUAUACGGUUGCGCUGGAAGGGAUUGCCAAGGAAGCGAUAACCAAGGGGCUCAGUGAGCCUGAUGCAAUGUUUUUGGCUGCUCAGGCACUCAAAGGGACAGCGGAGAUGAUAUUAUCAAGGAGAGAGGAGAAUAAGGGGCUUUUUGUGGUUGACGAGGUUAGAGAUCAGGCUAUUUCUUCGUCGGCGGGGAGCGGUGCGAGAGGUGUGGUAGUGUUGAGAGAGGCUGCUGUCAAGGAUAGUUUUGCGGAGGCGAUGGGCCAGGGAAUGGAGAAGAGGGAUGCAGAGGGAUAUUUAUAUUCGAAUUGGUGA